AUGGGCAAAGGAGGCAGAUCCGGCUGGGGCAGAGCGCUGGAUGAACAGAGCGAAGCCUGGCGAACUAGUGUGAAUUGCACUGCACUAGAGUCACUAGAGCAGGAGGAGUGCGACAAGAAGACCCUUCCACUUCAGAGGAUUGAGGUUGGGCUGCACCUCAGCGUUCAGAUGUUCAACACGGUGUUGCAGUCGCACCGCAAUCUGGCGAACGCCAAUGCCAAGCAGGGCCGAUUCAUUCGUGCCGAAGAGUGCCUGCGGGAGCUAAAAACUCUGCGGCUGUCGCCGAACAUCAUUGUUUUGAACAGUGUCAUAAAUGCGUGCUCCCAAGCUGGCGAGCUGAAGAAAGCGGAAGAGUGGCUGGAAAGUGCGUGGCUCGGCUACAAGACGGACAUGGACCUGCGGCCGGAUUUGAUGAGCUUCAACGGAGAUCCCGAAACCUGCUCGGGUUUGCGGGCAGCCACUGGGUUCGAUCCCCAGAGCCCAUAA